GUGUUUUUGGGAAUAAACAACGACAAACGAAAACCAAACAGAGGAGCGAACCAAACACACAAAGACUUCCUCCAUCUAAAAACCGAACUUAACAGAUACGAGCUUAGAUCUUGAGUAAUAUUAUUAGCCACAUAAAAUAUACACCUUUUGUAAUCGGAAGUACUUAUUCCUUUAAACGUUUCAAAAGGCCAAACUUUUGAACUUUUUUUGUCCGUAGACAAAGAUCAACGACCCCAUUGCCUUACAUAAUGUCGAAUUUCCAAGUUAAAUCCCCUGGCAAGAUCAUUUUACAUGGAGAACAUGCAGUUGUCUACCACAGGCCCGCAUUGGCUGCAGUUGUUGGCUUGGGAACCACAUUGAAAUUUCAAUUGUCUCCAGAUGAUGGCGAUAGCAAACAUGUGUCUUUUAAAUUGGAAGCCCUUAACACUAAUUUCAACAUUGAUAUUGAAAAUUUUAAUUCAUUUCUCAAACAUUGUCGCAGUAAGUUCUCCGAGUGUACACUGGAAAAUGCGGUGCAAUUGUUGGAAGAAGUUCGCACAGAAUUGGCCAAACAACAGGAGGAAGCUCCCGAGGCAGGCUCGCCCAAAAAGCAACAAAUGCAAAAAGCUUUCAUAUCUAUAUAUUAUUUGUUAGCUGGAGCCAUUUUGUCCUCUCCCAUUAAAGAUUUGGAAUUAAAACAAUCAUUUACCGUUACCAUAGACACAGAGCUAAAUAUAGGAGCUGGCUUGGGCAGUUCGGCUUCGUAUGGCGUCGCAUUGGCAUCGGCUUUUCUGGUAUUUGCUCAACACUUUGAUUUGAGUAACUAUGCGGCCGAUGAAAAUCAGGCGCUGAUAUCCCAUUGGGCCUAUGAAUCGGAGAGAGUUAUGCAUGGCACCCCUUCGGGUAUAGACAAUACGGUCUGCACUUACGGUGGAAUGCUCCGUUUUGUCAAGGGCCAAGGAUUCCAAACUGUGAAGAAUGUCCGUCCUCUACACAUUCUGCUGGUCGACAGUAAGGUAAAGAGAUCUACAGCAGAUAUCGUGGCCAAGGUGCGACAUUUAGGCGAAACUUUUCCCGAGGUUGUCAACUCCAUUUGGGAUGCCUGCGAGUCAUUGGUGAAUGCAGCUAUUCCUUUGUACGAAGAUUUCGGAACUUGUAAAGAUGACAGCGAGAAAUUUGAAAAACUCGAACGUUUAUUCCAAAUUAACAAUGAUCUCAUGAAAGCUAUCGGUGUAACCCAUCCCAAAUUGGAGCAGAUUUUUUCGAUAUCAUUUAAAAGGGGUUUCUUCAGUAAAAUUACUGGUGCAGGCGCCGGUGGCUAUGCAAUUGUUUUGUUACCCGAAAAUUAUGCCAGCAAUGAAGUGUACUGGAAGUUAAAGGAAGAAUUGGAAGGCGCUGGCUUUGGAGUAUAUGCCACCACAGCCGGUGGAGAAGGAUUGCGUAUGGAAUCUUUGUAAUCUCAUGAAUUCCAAUGUGUACAGUAAAGGAAAAAUAAUAAUUUAUAAAAUAUGUA